CAGCAUCCCACACACACAUACAUACACGCACGCACCCAUACUGAAGAAGGUGCGUUCGAUUCGCCGGCACACAUACGUACGGCCGUGCAGACACCAACACAGGGGCGCGCACCCCCCCCUACCACCCUCGUACGUGAGAGCGUAGCAGCGGGCCAGCCGAUAAAAUGAAUGAGAAUGAUAAGUCAGUUAAGUGCGAGAACUCCGCCGAGGAGGAGGAGGACGAGAUGUUCGAGCGCGAGCUGGCCGAAGACGCGCAGUGGAAGCGAAUACAACAGAACACCUUCACAAGAUGGGCGAACGAGCGGCUGAAGGCGGCGAACAAGCACAUCGGCGACCUGGAAUGCGACCUGUCCGACGGUCUCCGGCUGGUGAGCCUCAUCGAGGUCCUCUCGCAGAAACGGCUACCGAAACACAACCAACGGCCCACCUUCCGCUCCCAGAAACUGGAGAACGUGUCGGUCGCACUUAAGUUCUUGGAGGACGAGGGCAUCAGGAUUGUCAAUAUCGACUCUUCGGACAUCGUAGACUGUAAAUUGAAGUUGAUCCUCGGUCUAAUAUGGACCUUGAUCCUGCACUACUCGAUCUCUAUGCCCAUGUGGGAAGGCGACGACGGCGAGGACAAAGGCGCCACCCCGAAGCAGAGGCUGAUGCACUGGAUCCAGUCGAAGGUGCCGGAUCUACCGAUCACGAACUUUACUUCUGAUUGGAACGACGGCCGCGCGGUAGGUGCGCUCGUCGACGCGGUCGCGCCCGGCCUUUGCCCGGAUUGGCAGGACUGGAACCCGAAAGAUGCGAUUCAGAACGCGUCCGAAGCAAUGGGUCUCGCUGACGACUGGCUCAAUAUUCCUCAGCUCAUUAAACCCGAAGAGAUGGUGAACCCUAACAUCGACGAGAUGUCGAUGAUGACAUACCUGUCGCAAUACCCGAGCGCAAAAUUAAAAUCAGGUGCCCCUUUGCGCGCCCGAACGAAUCCAAAUAGAGUGCGUGCUUAUGGCCCCGGUAUAGAACCAACUGGCCCAAUCGUCGGCGCACCCGCCAAUUUCACCGUGGAAACCUUCUCCGCCGGCAAGGGUAACGUUGACGUCAUCGUCGAUGAUCCCAAAGGAAACAAACUACCGGUCGAUAUCAGAUUCAACAAGGACAGGAACCUGACAUACUCGGUCUCGUAUACUCCGAAGACAGAGGGUCCGCACAAAGUGAAGGUGCUCUUCGCCGGCCGGGAGAUCCCGAAGAGUCCGUAUACUGUUAAUGUUGAGGGACACGCUGGUGAUUCGAGCAAAGUCACGGCGAGCGGGCCGGGUCUGCAACCGGAGGGAGUCGUCGUGAACAGACCUACCUUCUUCGACAUCUUUACGAAGGACGCCGGUCGUGGAGUGCCGGAAGUUAUCAUCCUGGAUCCGCAGGGUAGCAAAACCACGGUGCCAGCAAAGCUGCGUCAGACUUCGCCAGACGUCUGGAGAUGUGAGUACGUGUCGCCAGUGACAGGCAUACAUUCCGUCAAUGUUUUCUUCGCCGGCAAACCUAUACCCGGAAGUCCCAUUGGCGUCAACAUCGCGCCGGUUUCCGAUGCAAAGAAAUGCAGAGCGUACGGACGAGGGUUGUUGCCUACUGGCGUCCGUGUCCAGGACAUCGCCGACUUCGUCGUCCUCACUAAGGACGCCGGUGAGGGUGUACCGGACAUUCGCGUAAUCGGCCCGGGAGGCGUCAAUCGACCAGUGCAAAUGUCCAAAACCGACGCUACGACUUACAAAUGCCACUAUACACCGAUCAAGGAAGGUCGCCACGUAGUAAUGAUCACGUAUGGCGGCAAAGAGAUUCCCAAGUCACCCUUCGAGGUCAAUGUGGGUCCUUACAAGGAGUCCAACAUCAGGGCUUUCGGACCGGGUCUGCACACCGGCGUCGUCGGCCAACCAGCGAAAUUUACAGUAGACACAAACGGUGAGACCGGCGCCCUUGGUUUCUCCAUCGAAGGCCCGUCCAAAGCAAAGAUAGAAUGCAACGAUAAUGGCGAUGGAACCGCCGAUGUUUCUUACCUGCCUACCGCGCCGGGCCAGUACGCGGUCCACAUCCUCUGCGAUAACGAGGAUAUCCCCAAAUCGCCUUAUAUCGCGACUAUUUCACCAAAGGCCGACUUCGAUCCGGAAAAGGUUGAAGUUCAUGGACCAGGAAUUCAGCCAGAAGGUGUUGCCAGAGAUAAACCGACGCACUUUACGGUGGAUGCGAGAAAAGCUGGUCAAGCGGCUCUGGAAGUCGUCAUCCAGGAUGCUCUUGGAAGAGACGUUCCGCUUAGAUUAGAAGACAAGCGGGAUGGCACUGUUCAAGCGCAUUAUACACCUACAUCUAGUUCCCAGCAUGUUGUGAUGGUGAACUAUGGCGGAGUGGCCACGAAGAAAUCUCCGUAUAGAGUUAAGAUAGCUUCGCCCUUGAAUCCCGCCAUGGUCUCCGCUUUCGGUCCCGGUCUUGAGAAAGAUGUGAAAUCGAACAUUCCGACACAUUUCAACGUCGACUGUCGCGAGGCUGGCCCCGGUAAAUUGGAUGUCAAAAUGCUGAGCCCCGAAGGUCGGGAACUUCCAAUUUCGCUGACGGAUAAUGAGGAUGGCACAUACGUCGUGGACUACAUGCCGCCCCAACCGGGAAACUAUACGGUGAAUCUCAACUAUGGCGGUCUGAAAGUACCCCAGUGUCCCAUUAAAGUUAACGUACAGCCUCAUGUGGAUGUGUCCAAGGUCAAAGUGGACGGCCUGGAACCAACGGCCCCGGUGAACAGCCUGCAGCAGUUCCGCGUGAUAACGCAGGAGGCGGGCAGGGCGGCGGACUUCCAGGUGGCGAUCACAGCCCCGUCCGGCAAUCGCGUCAAGGCGCACGUGGUGCCGACCCACGAGGGCUACCUGGUCAACUUCACGCCCACCGAGCUGGGCGAGUAUCUGCUGGCCAUCAGCUUCGGUGGCGAACCGAUCUCGAAACAACCGUACCGGCUGACCUGCGUCCACGGCUCCGAUCCGGGCAAGGUGCGCACCUCGGGACCCGGUCUUUCCCACGGCGUGGUGAACAAGCCGGCCGAGUUUGUGAUCGACACGCGCGGCGCCGGUCAAGGUGGCCUCGGCGUCACCGUCGAGGGUCCCUGCGAGGCCGCGAUUAAUUGCCGGGACAACGGCGAUGGCACCUGCUCCGUCGCCUACCUGCCCACCGCGGCCGGCGACUACGGCAUCAACAUCACCUUCAACGAGCAGCACGUGCCGGGCUCGCCCUUCCAGGCCAUCGUCGUGCCGGACGCGGACCUUUCCAAGAUCAAAGUCAGCGGCAGCGGCAUCCAGCCACACGGUUUAUUCGUGAACAAGCAAACGGCGUUCACGAUAGACGCGAGAGACAUCGCCAAGUCGAAGACCGACGACGGCAAGGUGUCCUGCACCAUAAACAACCCCAAUGGCGGAAAGAUCGAGAAACUCAUCAUCCCCCAGGGUGACGGCACCUACCGCGUCAGCUACACACCGUUCGAGGAGGGCUGUCACACCAUCGAAAUUCUCUACGACAACGUGCCAAUCCCGGGUUCGCCGUUCUCCGUCAACGUGCAACGCGGCUCCGAUCCCAGCAAGUGCCGCGCGUAUGGUCCUGGCUUGGAGAAGGGCAUCGUGAACAAGACGAACCGUUUCACGGUGGAGACCAGAGAGGCCGGCAACGGCGGCUUGGGUUUGUCUAUCACGGGCGACGGAGAGGUCAAGGCGGAGGCCAAGGAUAAUUACGAUGGUUCCUGCACCGUCGAAUACGUUCCCACGGAACCCGGUGACUACGAAAUCGGCAUCAAAUUCGCCGAACAGAACAUACCUGGUUCGCCGUUCAAGAUCGAGGUGGUAUCGGACUCGGAGGCGAAGAACGUGAUCGCUUACGGACCCGGCCUGCAACCUGAGAUGGUACGCGAGGGCGUGCCCGCCAAGUUCACGGUAGACACGUCCAAGUGCGCCAAGGCGGCGCAGCUGGAUGUAAGACUGUCGACUGACAAGGGACAGGCGCAGAAGCCGCAGAUCAAGAACAAGGGCGACGGCCUGUACGAGGUGACGUAUCAGCCACCGCCUGCCGGAAGUAACGUGCACGUCGGCGUUACUUACGACGGCGAGGACAUCAACGGCAGUCCGUACAAGGUGAAGGUCCUGCCCACCGUGGAGCCCAGCAAGGUGACGUUGUCGGGUCCCGGGGUGUCGCCCGUCUGCACUGCCUCCUUCCCGACUGACUUCGUCGUAGAUACUUCCAAUGCUGGAUACGGCGAUCUCGAAGUGCAAGUUGUGGGACCAGACCAAGUGCCGCGCAGAGUAGAAGUGCAGGACCUCGGCGAUGGGAAGUACAAGGCGACCUAUCUGCCGGACGACUGCGGCCGUUACAAGGUCAACGUGAAAUAUGGCGGCAAGGAAGUGCCGGGCAGUCCAGUGAACGUGCAGAGCGUGUCCACCGGCAAGGCGGAUCAGUGCAAGAUCAAAGAGGGCAUUCAGCGCACUUUGGCUCAGGGCGAGGAGUACUGCAUCACCGUGGACACCGAAAAUGCAGGCCGCGGUGCAGUGACCUGCCGCAUCCGCUCCACUUCCGGAAGUGAAGUCGUUGACAUUGACAUAGAAGACAACGGCGAUGGCACAGUUAACAUUUACUACACUGUUGCCGAUGCGGGAGACUACACCCUCAGCAUUAAGUUUGGCGGUCAACCGGUGCCUGAAGGAUUCUAUACCUUCACAGCAUCCGAGGAGUAUCGGGAACAUAGCACGCACAAAACUCAACGGGCUCGCAAAACACAGCAGAGGCAAAAUCAGCACGUUGUCGAGCAGCGCAGCACAACCCUACAGGAGAGCUCCACCGUCACCACAAAGCGUAGCAGCCAGCAGGAGCUAUCGAAAAAGAAUUUCAACGUUAUCCGAUUGAACUCCAUCCCACUACCUCUCGCGAGCGGUGGCACAAUCACCUGGAGAACGCCGGGAGACAUUGUUACCGUUUCGUUUGUCAAGUGCGUCAACGUCGACGGAGAUCUUGAAGUGUACUCGUUGGAGAUGAUUUGGGGCGAGGAGCUAACGGAAAUACCAGCCACGUGGCAGGAGGUAUCGACCUUCUAUAGAGCUUGGUUGAAGAGCGUGUUCGUCAGCGAACACAAUCACGCCGAGCGCGGACCGGUCUGCUACGCUAAAAGCGCGGUCCAGCAGGAGGUUCUAGGACCUGGACUCGAUUUCGCGCCGCUCAUCUUCCAGAGUAUCUUCUACGUCGACACGAAAAAAGCCGAAGUGAAGAUGCCUAGCGGAAACGUGGACAAGCCGGUUAUCGAGGACAAUCACGAUGGCACGGUAUCCAUCAAGUACGAGCCGAGGGAGGAGGGCCUCCAUGAGAUUUAUGUGAAAUUCAACGGCGAACACGUCCAGGGGUCUCCCUUUAAAUUCCAUGUCGAUUCCUUGGCGAGUGGAUACGUAACAGCGUAUGGGCCAGGUUUGGUCUACGGCGUUUGCGGCGAACCUGGAAACUUCACUAUCUCAACGAAAGGCGCCGGCGCGGGUGGUCUCUCGCUGGCGGUCGAAGGGCCCAGCAAGGCCGAAAUAAGCUGCCACGACAACAAGGAUGGCACGGUGUCGGUGUCCUACCUACCCACCGCGCCCGGAGAAUACAAGAUUACCGUUAAGUUUGGUGACAAGCAUAUCAAGGGCAGUCCUUUUGUCGCCAAAAUCACGGGCGAGGGCCGCAAGAGGAAUCAGAUCUCCGUAGGUUCUUCCAGCGAAGUGCAGCUGCCGGGUAAGGUAUCCGACGCCGACAUCAAGUCCCUAAAUGCGUCCAUUACGGCACCCAGCGGCCUAGAGGAGCCGUGUUUCCUGAAGAAGAUGCCGGGCAGCGGCAACAUGUGCGUGUCGUUUACGCCGCGCGAAGCGGGCGAGCACACCGUGGGCGUGAAGAGAAUGGGCAAGCACAUACCGAAUUCCCCCUUCAAGAUCGACGUGAAGGACCGCGAGGUUGGUGACGCGAAGAAGGUCAAAGUCUCCGGUCCCGGUCUGAAGGAGGGCAAGACUCACGUGGAGAACAACUUCUCGAUCGACACGAGGAACGCCGGCUUCGGUGGUCUCUCCCUCUCGAUGGAGGGCCCGAGCAAGGCCGAGAUCCAGUGCAAGGACAAUGAGGACGGCACCCUAAACAUCUCCUACAAGCCCACCGAGCCCGGCUACUACAUCAUGAAUCUCAAGUUCGCGGACCACCACGUCGAGGGCUCGCCGUUCACCGUCAAGGUCAGCGGAGAAGGCAGCAACCGACAAAGGGAGAAGAUCCAGAGGCAACGGGAGGCCGUGCCGAUCACCGAGGUCGGUAGCCAGUGCAAGCUGACCUUCAAGAUACCCAGUAUCACGUCCUUCGACCUCGCCGCCACCGUCACGUCACCCGGCGGCGUCACCGAGGACGCCGAGAUCAAGGAGGCCGAGGACGGCAUCUACGCGGUGGCGUUCGUGCCUAAGGAGCUGGGCGUGCACACGGUGUCUGUACGUUACAAGUCCAUGCACAUCCCCGGCUCACCUUUCCAGUUCACGGUGGGCCCGCUCAGGGACGGCGGUGCCCAUAGGGUUCACGCUGGUGGAUCCGGCCUGGAGAGGGGAGAGCAAGGCGAGCCCUGCGAGUUCAACAUCUGGACCAGGGAGGCGGGCGCGGGCACUCUCGCCGUCUCUGUCGAGGGACCCAGCAAGGCGCAGAUAGAUUUCAAGGAUCGCAAGGACGGCAGUUGUUACGUCAUCUACGUCGUUAACGAACCCGGCGAAUACAGGGUGGGAAUCAAGUUCAACGAUCAACACAUCCCGGACUCGCCGCAUAAGGUCUACAUCUCGCCGGCGAUGGGCGACGCGCACAAACUCGAGGUCGCGCAAUUCCCCGAGAGCGGAGUGCAGCCUGACAAGCCGUGCACCUUCCUGGUGCGCAAGAACGGCGCCAAGGGUGAACUGGACGCGAAGAUCGUGUCUCCGAGCGGCAUCCAGGACGAUUGCUUCAUUCAGAAUAUCGAUGGAGACACGUAUUCGGUGAGGUUCAUGCCGACGGACAACGGCAUCCACCUGAUCCACAUCAAAUUCAACGGGGUGCACAUACCAGGCAGUCCGUAUCGCGUCAAAGUUGGGAAAGUGGACGCCGACCCGGCAGCGUUGCACGCCUACGGCAACGGCCUGAAGGAGAUCAAGACCGGUCAGAAGACAGACUUCAUCAUCGACACGUGCAACGCCGGUAGCGGAGCGUUGGGAGUCACUGUAGAUGGACCCAGCAAGGUCGCCAUGGAUUGCACCGAGGUCGAAGAGGGCUACAAGGUCAGAUACACACCUUUGGUACCAGGCGAUUACUAUAUCAGCAUCAAGUACAACGGCUAUCACAUCGUGGGUUCACCAUACAAGGUUUCUUGUACAGGCGCGGAUUUGGCGGAGAGAGGUGCACAAGAGACAAGCUCAAUCGUCGUCGAGACCGUGCAAAAGAUAUCGAAAAGCAAGCAGACUGGACCAGUAUUGCCAUUGUUCAAGUCUGACGCGGGCAAGGUGACGAGUAAAGGCAUGGGUCUCAAGAAAGCUUACCUAGGAAAGCAAAAUCAAUUCACUGUGAACGCGGGGGAUGCCGGUAACAAUAUUCUUUAUGUGGGCGUAUACGGGCCCAAAGGGCCGUGCGACGAAGUCUACGUGAAGCACGCGGGCCGCAACAAUUACAACGUGAGUUACCUAGUGCGCGAACGGGGCGAGUAUAUCGUGAUCGUCAAAUGGGGCGACGAUCACAUUCCAGGUUCACCCUACAAAGUUGAAGUUUAAGCCGAACCAGCAUCCAGACUAGACCCGCAACGCGUCUGACAUCGCCACGACGGUCAAUAAAAUAGAGCCAUGCGUCGUUUCGUUGUAAACUACACGGGUCCUUAAGGUUUACAUCCAAUUUCGCCGAAUAUAGAAACGAAUUAAGUGCCAAUCUAGAUUUUCGAGCAGUAAACUCACUCGAUAUUAACCGUUGGCGAAAAAUAUAUCUAAAAACGAUCCGGCCUACGUCGAAACGACGCACGUUAUCUCGAUUUCUAGAAUAGCAGUCGUAUAAAGAAGACAACUAUGACACUGACGAUAAAAUUGCGAUGUCACUUCUCGUCGACAUAGUUCCAUUCACUCAUUCUUCCAAAGUCCUGGAGACAAUUUGAACAUCUUAGAAUUGAUGAUUUUUGUUAAAUCUAAAAGAUUAUACAGUCGCGAUUAGAAGUGACGAGAGAUUAAAAUA